ACUUUAAUAUUGGCUUAUAGUUUUGCCAGACCAAAAACACAUUCUCCUCUGCCGAAGCCAAAAUGAUUCAAACGGCCAAAUGUGCCCUUUGGUUUUCAAGUCAAGAAACCAUCAAAAUUACUCCUUCCCAUUCCAGUUGCCGACCGUUACUUCCUUCUCCUUUUCUUUUUUGGCUUUCUCAUUAUCACUUCUACUACACACCACAUUCUCUCAUUCAGACCACCAAUUCCAAAAACAAGACACAACGGUUGAAGAAAAUGUACCCAAAGGAGAAAGUGAGGCCGGAACAAGAUGAAGAUGACAGUGGUUUAGUUCAAUUUUUAGAGUCUUUCUCCAGCCAAGCUAAUUAAUACCAGCUGCCACUAUUUUGCGCUAUGAUAUAUAUCAUGAUGAAUAAUCAGAAGAGCAAUGGUGAGGAGAAAACGUUAAGUGGAAGAGCAGCUUUAGUUCCGCGCCCUCAUGCAGCUUUGUCUGGUCCUGGUAAUCUGAAUUUCACUUGUUUUACCUGUUUCUUCUUAAUUAUCUAUGAUUGUUUGUGGAAUUGAGAUGAAUCUUCCACCUUGAUAAGAUAUGAACCAUACUGAUCGGGGGCAUAGGCUUGAGUAAAGAAUUGACAUAGUA